UAGCAGUCCAGGUUUUAAAAAUGUUGUGUUGUGUUUAUGUUUUAUUACAGAUGUGUGUAAGUGUUCAGUUAAAAAAAACACUUACGGACCCUGGUGUUUUGCCCCGUGCUAAACUUUACAUGACUAGCUGCACAGAAGCUGUAUUUCUUUAUUUCGUACAUAAGUCGGUGUGAUAUCUGCUUUAACCCGACCUGCUGGUUUUACAUUGUACUAACAUUACGAGGUGGUUGAGGGCUUGCGGCCUAGGUUUGUAUUUAUUGAUUUGGCACAGCUGUGACACUAGCAGUGUUUUAUUCUUGUAUUUGGAGGCGGGGUGACCUCAGUUUCAAAGAUGUGAUAGUUCUAAGCCAUUUGACAAUUUCUUGUCGUAACUGAGCGCGCAAGUGCUUAAUGUGUUAAUGAAAAGGUAUCGGUUGUGCAGUCUGCACCACGUCCAUACUGUGCUGAACGAGAAGAAAGGCGCGUCUAGUACAGUAUUGAUGUUGUGUUGCCGUAGUGGAAGGGAAUCGCUUCACUUUAAUUAUUAAAGAGAGCAAAUAACCUUCAUUUGUUUAUGAUCGCGUGUAUCGCUACAUCCCACCCAGGGUGUGUCUUGAUUUUAAUCGAUCAGCUGUGUAAGCGGUUUUGAUUUCUGUUGUCCAACAUGGCGGAGGUCAGCUAGGCCUUGGAUCGGCGAUGCAGAAUCUAGCUCUGUCGUGCACGACCGUCCAUCUGUUUUAGUAUGUUUGUUUUUUUUCCCUCUCUCUCGAAGAAAUGAGUCGCCAGACUGCCACAGCACUCCCAACAGGUACAUCGAAGUGUGCUCCAUCACAGAGGGUGCCCGCGCUGCAGGGCACCACAGCUUCCAACAACGACUUAGCCAGUCUCUUUGAGUGUCCUGUCUGUUUUGACUAUGUACUGCCACCCAUUCUUCAGUGCCAGAGCGGGCAUCUGGUUUGCAGCAACUGUCGUCCGAAGCUCACGUGUUGUCCAACGUGUCGAGGCCCGUUGGGCUCCAUUCGGAACCUGGCUAUGGAAAAGGUGGCCAACUCUGUACUGUUUCCUUGUAAAUACGCCUCUUCAGGAUGUGAGAUAACGUUACCACACACGGAGAAAGCAGACCACGAAGAGCUUUGUGAGUUCAGGCCUUAUUCUUGCCCUUGUCCUGGAGCCUCGUGUAAAUGGCAGGGCUCCCUGGAUGCCGUCAUGCCCCAUUUGAUGCACCAACACAAGUCUAUAACAACGUUACAAGGGGAAGACAUUGUCUUUCUGGCCACAGACAUUAAUCUUCCAGGAGCAGUCGACUGGGUUAUGAUGCAGUCCUGUUUUGGGUUCCACUUUAUGUUGGUCUUGGAGAAGCAGGAAAAAUACGAUGGCCACCAGCAGUUCUUUGCUAUCGUCCAGUUGAUUGGAACACGCAAGCAAGCAGAAAACUUUGCCUAUCGCCUCGAGCUGAAUGGUCAUCGACGGCGGCUGACCUGGGAAGCAACGCCUCGCUCAAUCCACGAGGGGAUCGCCACUGCGAUCAUGAACAGCGACUGUCUGGUUUUCGACACUAGCAUUGCACAGCUUUUUGCAGAGAAUGGAAAUCUAGGCAUAAACGUUACAAUCUCAAUGUGCUGAUGCGGCGGGUGAAUGUUUGUUUUGGAGCAAUUCUAACAGUUCUAGUGUAUCACAUUUCAAGUAGAUUCAAGGAAAAGACAUUUAUUGACAUUCACUGCCAAGCGUAACCCCUGUUUUUGUAGAUGGAGGUUUGGGCUCAAGGUUUAAAAUGCUGGCUGAAAAAAAGAGCUGCAUCUGGUAACACUAAUGUAUAAAACACCUUUUAUAUAAACCACUGAUACCUACCCUAAAUGGGCAACUUUUUUGUAAUAAAAUAAAUAAUAAUAAAAAAAAAAAAAAUAUGAACUUCAGUGUUGUAGAUAGUAUUGUAUUGUUUUCUUUCCUUGACCAGCCAGGCUGAGCAGUACCAUUUCAAGUCGCUGCUCCUGUCUGGUAUGUCACACUACAUAGUAUUGCUGCUCUUUGUGUAUCUUUGUGUAUUGAUAUUUUUUUUUUUUAAUGACUUUUUAGUUUUGUUUGUUUUCCAUUAAAAACAUUUGAAUUUCUUUUUCAUAUUUUUGGUCGUUACUUAACUGAUGUGAAUUAUUUUGCUAUCCCACAAACAUUUAUCAUUUUUUACAUUUUCUUUUGAAAUGUAUGUAGCCGUACAUUUCCCUUCUAGUAAGAGUUGGUUUUUGUUUAGGCUCAGACAGCUAGUUGGAAAAUACAGAAAUAACUUGAUUUUCUUCUUGGUAACCGUUUAGUGCUAGUCCUGGUAUGUACUAUUGAUACAGGGCGCAUUUGAUUUUGUGAAUCUGGCUUGGUACAGUAUAUUAUGUUUUGGCAAAGCAAUUUUGAUUUUUUUUUAAAUGUUUUAUGUUACAGAGUAACAGGAGGUGGUUGAUUGGUUGGUUGCUCAAGGCUGCUUUUAACUAAGGCUGUCUUUUUAAAUAAAGCAGAGGCUAAUAUAGUUAAUCUUUCGGCGUUUCUUGUCCAGUUUCAUUAAGAAAAAACAUUAAGGUAUCUCUUAGCAAUAACAUAUGGCUACAAAAAUAGAUUCUGUGACUUCUUUUUUUUAAUGUAAAAUUCAGUAUUAUAAAUGUUGCUUCUUUUGUUGGAGCUACAUUACUGGCAAGAAUAUGAAAUGGACUAAUACAGACAGAUGGGGAAAGUAAGUAAAACUGUUCAAUUAAACGAACCUUAAUAUGCUGUAAUUGAAACCAAUACAGACAUUAACGAGAUAAACUAGACUUUCAUAUUGGCAAUUCUGGCGGAUAUAAGAUCAGUUUGUAUUGCUAAUCUUUAAUUGUGUUCAUUAUAGCCAAGACUUUGUAAGUUUUGUUAUUGCCACUUAAAUAUUUUUUUUUAUUAUUAUUUUCUUCAUUUUCAGUGGUUUAUUUGUAUUUAUAAUAAAGUCAAAUGUUUCUAUCUUC